AUGAUGCCAACUGCCCUCCCGCCGACCCCGACGCCUCUCCUUGACGAGGCCGUCCCGUCUGUCCUCCGUGAUCCCGCGCCAACACCCAAUGCCUCCUCCGCGCUCAAUAUCGCGACCAUAGUCGCGGAUCCCGCGUCCGCGCAACCAAAUCAUGUCGCCAAUUCAAGCAUCGCCGCACCGGCUGCGCCGGACUCAACGCCCGGGACUGUCGUGAUCGUCUUCCAGCCCGGCCAGGAAUAUAUCGUGCACAUGGUCGCGGAGGUCCUGGGGAAACCCUGGACGACAGAGACAGAGCUUUCGACGCUGGCGCGUGCUAGUGGCGAGGCUGUUGUUGCGGGCGUCGUCAUGCAUGACCUUCAGCGUGGGUUGGACGGGUGUAAGAGUGUGCGCGAGACACUGGUGGUGAUUAACACGCAUAGUGUGGACGACGGGUCAGCGCCUGAGGAGGCGUUGAGCGAGAUCUGUGAUUACGAGUUCCUCUAUUCGCGGACCCCGUUUCUACGGCGAGAUUUGACGCGUUUUUUGAGUUUGGUGCUGGGGCAGACGAGGCCGCAUGAGGAGUUGAGGAAUAAGUCGCGCACGAAUUUUAUUUCGACGACGUUUCCCGACGUGCAUGCUGCGUUGCCAAAUUUGGAUAUUCUUUCUGUUGGCUCCGAUGCGGUGGAGAUUCGGGUCGAUUUGCUCGUUGAGCCGGGAUCCGACUCUGUGCCCAGUCUUAAAUAUGUUGGACGGCAGUUGAUGUUGCUACGACAGCAUACUGAGUUGCCGAUUAUUUUUACAACCCGCUGUACGAAGGAGAAUGGGAAAUUUCCCAUGGAUGAUCCUGGGAUUUUUUAUCGGUAUCUCCGAAGGGCGAUCCAGUGGGGGGUUGAAUAUGUUGAUGUGGAAUUGUGGUUGCCGGAGGAUAUCCGGGCGAAUUUGGCGAAGGUGAAAGGGAAUAGCAUCAUCAUGUCUGCGUUCCACGAUUUCUCGGGGAAUUGGAAAUGGACCUCGGAGCGGGCGAAUGUGAUUUUCAACGAGAGCGCCAAAUAUGGCGAUAUCGUGAAGAUGAUUGCCAUGGUCGAGACCGUCGAAGAGAACUACGAGCUGGAAUACUUCCGCUCAACCAUAAAAUCUCGCGGCCCCGGGACACCUCCCCUCUCCGCCGUGAACAUGGGUCAAAUGGGACAAUUGUCUCGAGCUUUGAAUACCGUCUUCUCGCCCAUUACUCACCCCCUCUUACCCAUGAUCGCGGCGCCAGGCCAACUAACCGCCGCGGAAAUCAACGAAGCCCUACACAUAAUGGGCCAGUUGCCAAAACGUGAUCUCUACGCCAUCGGCUCCUUCCGCUCCACGCCGCACUCCAUGUUCAUGGAGAAAUGCCUCAAUGAACUUGGUCUGCCGCAUUCAUUUACCUCUAUCGACCGCGGCCCAAAGGGGUCCAUGGAAUCGGUCCUGAUGUCCCCGCAAUUCGGCGGCGCAUCCGUCAACCCGCCCGUUCCCGCCUCAACCUCCUACAUCCCCAUCACCAGCGACGCAGCUCGCGCAAUCGGGCUGGUCGAUACAAUCGCCAUAGCCCCUAACGACUCAGCCACCCGCUUCAUCGGUGAAAAUGCAGCCUGGAAGGGAAUCCGCGCCACACUCACGAGGGACUACGUCCCAUCAGCCUACAAAGGCCGCGCAGCAAUCAUCCUCUCAAGCACCGAGUCCGACGCCUCAGCAUCAAUCUUCGCGCUGCGCAGCCUCGGUGUCGGCGCAAUCUACACCGUCGGCUUUCGAGCGACGGGUCCUCUAGCCCUCGGCCUGGAACCAUUUACCUCGAUCCAGUCUGUGAAACUGGUCGAGUCACCUUUCGUGAUUGUUUCCGCCCUCCCUCCGGAGAAAUCACUCCUUGUCCAGCCGUUGCUGAGGCACUAUCGAGCCAACGGCCGUGCCUCGCCCCCGUCUACCCGUGGUAAGGUCUACCUGGAUCUCACCUCCGGUCCGAGGAAGGGUGAUCCGCUUGCUGUCGCGAACUCGGCGGGGUGGACGGCGUAUGGGGCAGAGGAUGUUUCGGCUUGGAUUACGGUUGAGACGCUGCGCUUGCUCGUUGGGCAGAAUGUGCCGUUUGAUUUUGUGAGGAUGGCGUCUGGGAGGACUAUCUUUUGA